GGGGGCGGCGGGGUCGAGGCGAGGCCGCCGCGCGGAGCUGCGCCACCACCGCGUCCGUGUCCCUCCCCCUCCGCUCCCUCCCCCCCCGGGUCGGGUGUCUGCGCGUGUCCCCCUGCGCUGGGGCAGCGGCGGCGGCCGCGCGGGACGGGGGGACGCUUCCCUCCGGCCGCCGGUCCCGGCGGUGAGGCGGUCUCUCGUCACGGGAGAGGGCCGGGGGCCUGCGGCGGCCCCGGGGCCGGCAGCGGCUGAACGGGGCUCUGCGAGCGGCGGCCUUUGUCUGCGGGGCCGGGCGAGGGGCUGGAGGCGGGGAAGGCAACAGGUCCGAGCCCGGGAGAGUGUCCAAGGGGCAGCGCGCUGGCGAGGCCGGAGGGAUUUACUUUUCCUCGGUCGCUUCCAGCCAGGGAGAUCAACAGGAGAGACCUGCGGGCCCGGGGCAGGGGCUGGCGGCGGUGCCAGUGACUUCAUUACGGGCACAGAAACAGCACAGUGUGACAGGCAUCGGUCAGCCGCAGAACCCUGGAAGAUUGAAGUUUCACUGAUGAAAUGUUGCUAAAGGAUGACUUGAGCAGUGUGUUAUUAAAAACACAUUGUCCAGCAUCAGAAAAAAAAAGGUUGGUGUGAAGCCCCCCAUUCCCUCUGCCCUAAGUCUGUUCCUCUGAAGCCUCACCAGCGUGUGGAGCCUGCCCCACACCCAUCACCUGCCAAACCACGGCCUUUACCUGUGUGUUCCGGUGUUUCCCGUGCGACCCGUCCUGCGGGAGUGCCUCCUGGGCCACCCCAGAGUUCACCCAGCGCUCCGUGGCUCCAAUGGUGAAGAUGACAAGGUCCAAGACUUUCCAGGCAUAUCUGCCUUCGUGCCACAGGACCUACAGCUGCAUCCACUGCAGGGCUCAUCUCGCCAACCACGAUGAGCUCAUCUCCAAGUCCUUUCAAGGGAGCCAAGGACGAGCAUACCUCUUCAAUUCAGUAGUGAACGUGGGCUGUGGCCCUGCAGAGGAGCGGGUGUUGUUAACAGGAUUACAUGCAGUUGCAGAUAUUUACUGUGAAAACUGCAAAACCACACUGGGUUGGAAAUAUGAACACGCUUUUGAAAGCAGCCAGAAGUAUAAAGAAGGCAAAUACAUCAUUGAACUAGCUCACAUGAUCAAGGAUAAUGGCUGGGAUUGAAUGGCAAGAGCCCAGCCCUACCAGCGUGUAAGAGAAUGCCAUCCAACCGAACAUUAUAUCCAAGAGUGAGAGAGUGACUGAACGCUUGGUUCCAUGCAUUUAGAGGCUCUGCAGUUUGGGAGCAUCUUCACACCCUUCUCCAUCUUUAUUGGUGACUGGCCUCUAAAUUUCUGUCUCUCUGUCUCUUUGCUUUGUAUCUGUUUGUGAGUCGACCCUGGCUGCUUCUCUCUCUGUUCUGGCGUUGGCUAAAGAGAAUGCACCGAGUGCCUGACGGCCGCUCCACGGCACAGACGGCCGCUCCACGGCACAGACGGCUCAGUCCGAGCUGCAGUUGGCUCAGGAGGGCUCGGUGCCAGAGGAAGACCUGAGCUUGGGGCAGGAGAAGGUGAUAGGGGGGUGGGGGAGUGGGCCCAAAAGGGAAGUCAUCAGAAGUUGAAACUGUACUUCUCCUUGAAGUCCUGGUUAACCAAGGCUUGAAACUAUCUCCUUGUCUAAAAUGGACAGAGGAAAAAAUACCUCACACAGCUGUGUUCUCUCUGAAACCGUUAAACCGCUGCUCUGUCGCUGGAGCUUCAGGCUAAGCUGGCUGGGCACAAGUCAGAACCCAUCUCCCCCCCACCCCCAAGUUAAUCAGAAGUCUGUGUUUUGUUUGACAUUUAUGAACUUGUUUGGAGAGGGGGUUGGACCUGAAGGCUGGAGAGACUCCAUGCCUCUCCUUUUUCUCGCUGUUUCGGGGUAGGUAGGUCAAACAUCCCAACAGAGCACAGCUGUGGGGAGCAGCCUCGCAGCUGGAGAAACCAAAUCCUGACUCUUGAGCCCUUCAGAGAGGAGGAGGAAACCACUUAAGGCAUAAGGAGGCUGGAGCUGCAGCUUAGGAGAUACGACACGGGGUGGGAAAUGCAUGUGCUAGGCAAGAAAGAGAUUACGUGGAGAAGGAUGGGGACAGACUUAAUAACGUGGGGACCCCUCAAUUUCCCAGCCUUCACUGAGCAUCCCUGGGGGUCUUUUACCAAUCCUUCACAAGUGUGAGGAGGAAAAUGCUGUUACAGAAUGUUUUUCUUAAAUCCCAGGCCCCAGCCAUCAGCUCCUGGCAGAGAAAUGGUGUGAGAGUGGGGAGAGGAGGGAGCAGAGGAGCCUGGCAGUGGGAGCAGUGUUGCACAGGUGGAUAUUUCAAGCCAUGAGGUAUCCUCCCCAAAAUCUUUCCCCUCUUUCCCACUCCCAGAAGCCUUUUGCAGGCACAGGGGGAUAGGGAAAGCAAAGAAGAAAAUAAUCAUCUUCCCCCCUACCCCUGGAAUUGUCUUUGCCUUGGAGUUUAAAGGGGAGGGGUAGAUGUGGUCAUCAUAAGUGCAAGGGACAAGUCUUUCCCAUUUUAAUUGCUUUCAUUUGAAUUAGUGUGGACCUUCCCAAAGUGGUUGGUGGGGAAGGGGCAUGGUGUGUGAGAGGGGAGCUGUGUUAGACAGCAAUGACGAUGUGAAGUCAGCUCUGCAACAGUCCAGCCAGUAUCUGGUGCAUAACUCAAGACUAUUUAACCAAAUUAGUUUUAUCUCUUCGAGUGAAUUUUCUUUCUGCUUGUGGAAUUCUUUCAAGUAGGUUAAUCCAUUGGGGCAAAUCUUUUUUAAUCCAGAAGGAAAGAGUAUUGUGCAGGGGUUUGGAACUCCUUAGGAAACAGAAGCUUUGGAGCUGUAAUCUGUUGUCACUUGCCCCCACCCCCAGGAGCCUCUGUGUGAUCAGGACUGAGGGCUGGUGGGGAGGAAGCAGUUUGCUGUUAAAUGAAGGGGAUGUGAGCAGAGAUGCUACUUAUGGGUCAGAGUGGAACCUACGUGUUGAGUCCUUGUGCUGGAACCUGGACCUGAUGGCCCAUCUAAGCAGAAGCUGCUUUUUCUCUUGAACCACUGUUCUUCACAGCCUUGCAGAGGGAAGGGAGUUGGAGGCUCCUGCAGUGGCUGGAGUUGGCUCACUGUGUGGCUGCUGUGUUAGGAGGUGGAUCUGCCCUCACCCUCUCUGCUGUGACUGUGUAACAGUUGCUUCAGCUUUCAGUUCUGAUCGUCUCUGUGUCCAUCAUCCACAUUCCCUUCAGUGAUAACAAUCUAGUAGGAAACAAAAGCUCUGCAGCAGCCUCUAUCUCAUUGAGUUUGGCACUGACCUGAUCCCAUUUUCCUGUCCUUUGGUUGAUGAUCCAGGACAAUUUACUGGGAUUUGACUAGUGAGAAAUAAUUUGCAUUCUCUUUGGUCUCCCCAGAUGUGUCACCUCUGAAGGGGGCUGGUUGGAGCUGGGAGGAGUGAGGGAUAACCCCAGAGCAUUAAUAGGAGGCUGAGAAAAAGAGCACACAGGGGCUCAUGGGUUUGUGUUGGUGUUUGGGGUGAUUGCCAACAAGAGCUGUAAAAGGUAGGUCUGUCUGGAGGACUGCUCUGAGGAACAGUCACUACAGAGAGCUACCAGAUGGAAAUGUUUUUAUGGAUAGAUUUGGGAUAAGAAAGGAUGAUGAUCCAUCAGGUCAGGGCUGUUUUUAACUGUUCACUGGGGUUAUACUUUUAAUGGCAGCCAGUCUAAGCUUGAAUAUGGCAAGAUCUUAAUCUGAUUUUCAUUGGUUUUGUCCCAUCAGCCUCCCCAGCUUCACACUUGCUGAGGAUCUGACCCAGAGGAUUAUCUAGAGUGACAUCAGUACACUGUACAGGGAGAAAAGGAAAGGUGGCCUUGUCAGGCUCAUUGGUGUUUGUCUUCUGCUGUGUGUCUGUUCCAUAUGAAUCACUCCUUAGGCUGCUGCUAACUCAUCUGUGACUUGCUGUGUUCAGACACACGACGGUGUCAGGAGCUGGUGGCCAGACAGGAUGAUCAGCUCUGUGUGCUGGUGGCUACCACAGCCAGUGCAGGUGACUCCUGGAGUGAUGUAUUCAGAGCAUAACCAAAGAACCUGGUUACCUGCAUCCCUCUGGUCAUGGGGGUUGACUGGAGCCAGUUCCUUAUGGGCAGGGCUGAGCAAGGGAGGGGGCCAAGCUGGAAACGUAGCCCCUGGAAGCUGCCUGACACAGAGCAGUGUGUGCCCAAGCUGCUGCUUUCCCUCCACAAAACACCAACAGCAGCCAAUUUUGCUUUUUUUUUUUCUCUUUAUUUUCCCCCCUUGAGUUUACAUCACCCUCAUCUACCCCAAAGCUCAGACUUGAGCAAGUUUUGCUCUGGUGGAUUAUCCGGUGUGAAAUCCUGAUCCCUGACAUAAAUAUGUAGAUGAUAAUAUAUGUGAAGCAGAAGCCCCCUCCUACCCUUCCCUGGUGAAACAGACUUUUGUACAUAAUAUUUAAUUUUUUUAAGAGAAUAAUAUAUUUGGUGCUGGUUUUUUUUCCAGAGCCCCUCCCUGAGAGCACUUUUGGGUUCUUUUCCUUGUUUCUAAAUGAUACCGUUUCCUUCUGUAGUUGUUGGAAGAUGUGUUCAAAGGGAAACAAAAAUCAUGCUUCUACAUUGUCCUCUGAUGGAUCCAUUUUCCAUGUGGCAGAGAGGGGGAUCCCUCCUGCUCCCCUCAGCAAGCUUGGUCCUGGGUGCAGGUGGUAGCUGAGCUGUGGGGAGGGACUGGUGUGUGGGACAGGAGGUAGCCCCAGGCUCCUGGGGAGCACCUCAGUGUCUGGGCUGACACUGAAAACCUGAAACACCUUCAGUCAGUGCUGGAGGUGCCACCAGCUGCCUGAGAUCUGCCUUGUAGGACCCAGGCCUGCCAUUUGCCCUUGCACCAGUAUUGGCUGGAGUGAAGUAGACGUCAAGGCUUAGAAAAACAGGAUUGAGUAUAAGCUGCAACCUGUGAGUUGCUGUUUGCAGUUGCCUGGGGGCAGCAGGGCUGGAGGAUGGAGAUUUCUAACUAGUCCUUGUUUUUAAACUAAGCUGUACAUCUCUGGACAUGGAUCCUGCUUUUCUUUUGGAGGGUUUUUUGUUGUUGUAUUGUUUUUAAACCAGGCUGCUAUAUAACAAAUUAGAGUAAAAGUUUACUUCUCUGGCAGGAAAGUUCCUUUUGUUUGUUUGUUUGUUUUCCUUUCUGUCUUUAACCUCCCCCAUUCUCCCCCUUCUUUGUUUUUAAUUCAUUGGGUCUCUUGUUUAUCCCAAAGUGGACCAACAGCACAAACCACUGGACUGUGUUUUGCUGAGCAAGGAGCUGCUUUCAGUGCUGAGUAACUGUUGCACACACUUUAAUUCUCUGUUUCUUUGGUGCACACGACUUCAAAAGAUACAGAAUAAAAAAUCCCCAAACCCUA